CUGGAGGUGGUUUCCAAACUGCACACGAGCUUGGCCAACAGCGAAAGCGUGUCUUGAAGCUGUCAACUGGCAGCAAACAACUCGACACUAUUCUAGGAGGGUGAGUGCUUGCCAUGACAUUUCUUCUUUGAGUACAGUGUUCAUAUUGUGCAGUGGCUUCCAGACGAUGAGCAUCAGCGAGGUCUUCGGAGAGUAUCGUUGUGGAAAGACCCAGUUGUCCCACACCAUGUCCGUCAUUGCACAGCUUCCGAAGGACAUGGGCGGUGCAGAAGGCAAGGUCGCGUACAUUGGUGGGUGGAUCCUCGUCACUGCUGAGCUGUAUCUGAUAACAUUAUAUAGAUACGGAAGGCACUUUCAGACCGGAGAGGAUAGCUCAGAUUGCAGAGCGCUUUGGAGUUGACCCUGAGACUGGUAAGUUAUAUUCACUGUUAUGUGGUCCUGCUUAUAGUC